AUGGCGCCUCUGAAGUCCUGGUUUCCCAUCCCAAAGUCCAGCCAUUUCUCACUGGCAAAUCUGCCUUUCGGCAUCAUCUCAACAGCAGGGAAACCUACGCCUCGAGCAGCCGUAGCUAUUGGUGACCAUUGCCUGGACCUUCAAGAGUUCUCAUCCUCAGGAGCCUUUCAGCCUCUGGGUUUCGAUGCGUCUGUGUUUUCAAAGCCUACGCUGAACGACUUUGCCGCCUUGGGCAGACCGGUCCAUCGGGCCGUGAGGAAGUAUCUGCAGGAUGUUUUUGCGGAGAACACAUCAAUCCCGGAAGUCUUGCAGCGCAACAAGGAGUUGCAGGAGAGGUCAUUGAUCCGACGUGACCAAGUCACAAUGCACAUGCCUAUGCAUAUUGGCGACUACACCGACUUCUACGCCGGCAAGAACCACGCCUUUAAUGUGGGCUGUCUGUUCAGAGGGCCUGACAAUGCCCUACAACCCAACUACACGCAUUUGCCUGUGGGUUACCAUGGUCGAGCAUCAUCUGUGGUGGUCUCGGGCACGCCUAUCACCAGACCCAAUGGUCAAAUCCUGGAGAACCCGGCCGCUACUCCCAAAGCGCCGACCUUCAGCCCUUGCAGACGUCUGGAUAUCGAGUUAGAACUCGGAGCCUUUGUCUGCAAAGGAAAUGCCAUGGGCACCAACAUCCCCAUUUCUGAAGCUGCCGACCACAUCUUCGGCUUCGUCCUGCUCAAUGACUGGUCUGCACGAGACAUUCAAGCUUGGGAAUAUGUGCCGCUGGGCCCGUUCCUGGCCAAGAACUUCGGAUCGACCAUCAGCCCCUGGGUGGUGCUGACCGACGCAUUGGAGCCAUUCCGAACCACCGGAAUUCCCAACGAGACGAAACUCCUGCCUUAUCUUCAGGAGAAAGAGGAAAAGAAUGUCUAUGAUAUCCGCCUGCAGGUGGACAUUAUACCCGAGGGCAAAGAGCCAACUACCAUCUUGAACUCCAAUGGGCGACACUUGCUCUUCUCGUUUGCCCAGAUGCUUGCCCACCAUACGAUUGGCGGUUGCCCAAUGGCGCCGGGCGACUUGUUAGGGUCUGGCACCAUCAGUGGAAAGGAGCCAGGCACGGAGGGCAGCAUGCUAGAAAUCACCCAGGGCGGAAAGCAAGCCAUCAAGCUGAACGGCGGAGUCGAGCGGAAAUUCUUGGAGGAUGGAGACACCAUCACUUUCUACGGCGUUGCCGGCACGGAAGAGACUGGUCUGGUGGGCUUCGGUGAAUGCUCGGGCAAGAUUCUGCCAGCACCCAAGAUAUGA